AGUCAGAGACUGAAAAAAAGGCACCUGAAUGGCCUGGGAAGGAGCAGCAAAACCUUCUGGCAAGCUCCCCUUCCUCUCCUAUGCUCCAACUACUCUCCAGCUAAGGGUGUCCUGGUGCACACCAGCAGCUGCAGCCCUGGCUGCACACACCUGCAUGCAGGGUGACCCAUGAGAAGAGCCUUCCUCACAUCAGGAGAGAGUGCCACGUCCUCUCCUCACAGCCACCCCUCCACACUGGUGUGACAUUGCAUGGCAUGGCCAGUGGCGGGGACCUGAGGGCAGGGACAUGGACAUCAUGGAAUGCAUCCUUUGGGGGACCAGGAGCUGGGAGUGAGCCCCUGUCUGGCCCCUGGUACAGCGCACACAAGACUCAGCUGUAUGGAGUUUUACUUGCUGCUGCUUCAAAUUUUCUCAUCAGUAUCUCUUUGAAUAUACAGAAAUGCGCUCAUCUGCGACGGGUUUGCCAAGCAGAGCCGAAGCCCUGCUACAGGAGCAAGCUGUGGUGGAGUGGGAUUGCCCUGCUGGGCCUUGCAGAGCUGGGCAACUUCACAGCCUAUGGACUCGCCCCCAUUGCUCUGGUCGCUCCACUGGGAUGUGUUUCUGUUAUAGGUAGUGCAUUUAUUUCUGUCUUUUUCCUAAAGAAGACCAUGAGGACUGCUGAUAUAUUGGGAGGAGCACUGACAAUAACAGGAAUAUCCUUGUUGGUUACAUUCACUCCAAAUGUACCUCAAGAACUCACAGCAAGACAGGUGCAGAAUUACUUAGUGAGCUGGCCUUUUUUGGUAUAUUCAAUUUUAGAAAUUCUAAUAUUCUGCAUUCUCCUCUAUUUUUACAAAAGAAAGGCUGUGAAACACAUCAUGGUUUUGUUAAUGAUGGUAGCUCUACUGGCAUCACUGACUGUCAUUGCUGUAAAGGCUGUGUCCAGCAUGAUAGCACUUUCUGUGAAGGGGAAAAUGCAGCUCACUUACUCCGUUUUCUAUAUCAUGAGUGUUUUAAUGGCAACUUCUUGUGCUUUCCAAAUCAAGUUCUUGAAUCAAGCAAUGCAUCUGUAUGAAGCAACAGCAGUUGUCCCCAUUAAUUUUGUGUUCUUCACCACCAGUGCCAUCAUUUCAGGGGUCAUAUUUUAUCAGGAAUUCCAAAGUGCAGCUUUACUGAGCGUGUUCAUGUUUCUGUUCGGGUGUCUCCUAUCUUUCCUUGGUGUGAUUAUAAUUGCAAGAAAUAAAAAAGAGGAGCAUUUACAAAUUCCUUUUAUUGACUGUGGACAUAUUCCUGGACAAAAACUGACAGGCAAAGUACAACCAGAUUCUCGCUGUUCAUGCUAUGGCACACUGAACAAGGAAGAUGACUUGGUGAAAAGGUAAAGCUGAAAGAAGAAAGCACUUUACAUGCCAGUUAACAGGAGGAACACCACUGGAACAAGGAUCAGUAGCACCUUUUUAUUGAACAUAUUUAAGUAUACAUUGAACUCCUGUAUGUUGAUGAGUCAUAGGAUUAUUUAAUGCAAAUUAAUUUAUCCCAUGAUUGUACCAAAUGUAUCCUAAAGAUAAAGGAAGCCUUAAUAAAAACCAAAUAACCAUUAAUGAAAUGGAAUAUUCUCCUAGUAUUAAUGCCUCUUGAGGACAUUUUUAGAGUUUUAAUUGCUUUUAAAUGCAAUGAGCACAGAACAGGAUUAUAAAAUUCCCCUUUGGAACACCUCAGAUCUGUGUAAAUGUUUAAAGACAAAUGUGAGAAAUUUUAAUUUUUGUAAGUGAUUUCAAAGUAUUCUGCUAUAUAUAUAAUCCCUUUUAAACCCUUUCCUUCCUCUUCAGGAGUCAAAACUGUAAGUAUAUAUGAAGUAGCCACAAAUAGAAUUGUGUCUACUAAAAUACAAAAAUAAUUUUGUAUUGGGUAUAGCAAUUCUGAUUAUCUCCUACCAUCAGAUUAAUUAUCUUAUCUUUCAAGGAAAUCAGUACUUGUGUGAGCAGUGGGAAGAUAGUGUUUGCCAUAAACACAGGCACAUGGGCACACAACAUUUGAGGUGCCCAGCCAAGGCAGGAUUAGGGUACUGUACUUGACAGAGGAAUCCUGGGCACUGGGCUGCACUGGGCUGGGCUCUAUGAUCUGUUAGCAUAGUCUGGUCUGAAUUUUAGCUUUUGUUUUCAGCAAAAGAAGGUUUUAGUGAAGAAAAUGCACGGUUCUUCAGAGGAAGUGGGAUAGCCAGGGUCCCACUCUUGGUAUGUCUUGGAAAAAUACCUUUAAAAAAGUAGGGCAACUCCUGUUACUACUGGUAAUUCUGCAUGAGGAAAGGCUGUAAAAAAACAGGACCACAAAGAGUCCCAGUAAUUGUACAGUUCGCUCUUAAUUUAAUGGUUGUGUCUCCACACUGAUUUGAAGAGCCAGCAGUGAUGGGAACAAUGACAGUACAGGCUUUGUGUUCAGAUGUCUUGGUGUCUCUCCAUCCCAGUGUCCCAUCAGAAAAGCUUCUUCUAGGCAUUCAGCAUGGAUGCACUCAUCCCUGCAUGGUACCAUUGAUCCACUUCAGGCAGCACAGGGGUGCUGGUCACAUCCUCUGCACAGACAAAUGAAAGUGCUCUUGAAAAAUGUUCAUGUCUUGUUUUAGGAUUAAAUUAAUCUGCAGUUAUGAGUAGGGACUGUGCAUACUUUGUUUCAGGUCUACUUUUUUUUCUCAAAUAAUUUAGUUUAUUUAUUUUUUAGAUAGGUACAGCUGAAGAUCCAUAAGACAGUUUCAUCCCAAAUGCUGCAAAGCACACAUAGAGCUGCAGUAUUUUGUGUGCAGCAAUGUCCCAGGAACAAUGGCAUUUGGGGACUUGUGAAGCUGGUUUGCAAUAUAUGGGGCUUUUCCAGCUGACACAGGACAAGAUUCUGUCUGCACCUUAUUUGUACCACCUUCUUGGCUUGGCUUUCCUUUCCCACCUAGCACCUUGAGUUCAAGUUUCUAAAGAUUAAAAAAAAUCUUUUUAAAAAAAACACGUAACUUUUACAGGCUUUCUCCAGGGAGUAAGAACAUGCAUGUCUUUCUUUUGCAUUAUUUUGCAAGUCAAAUUGAAGCUGCUUGCUAAGUCUCAAGUGAGAGUAUGUGCUAAAGAUGGAAAUAAGAGGCCUACAGGUUUUCAUUCUGUGACCUCGGAAAUGAAUGGGUGAAAGGAUUUGGUAUUGUUGCUUUUUUAAAGGAUUGGCCUUGGGCAUCCUUCUGAAAUCUCUUUUCAUGGCUCAGGAGGACUGCAAGAGGUAAUAAAGGUUACCAGGUGUAGGAUUUUCUCUUUAACGCAAUUAAUCAAAUGUAAAAAUCUGUGGCAAAAAUUAUUUAUCUCAAAUUGGUGGAUUUCUUCUUGAACAAUUUUUUUUCUUCCUAUGUUUUAUUAAAAAAUUAUAAGGGCUAAAGUGUUUUAUUUUAUCUCUAGUGUAUUUCAAAAAAAUUUGUGAACCAAAACACUAGUAGAAAUUAUGUGCAAUUAAAAGUUGUGAUUUGACAUGAUCUUUGAGAUGUUAAUAUAGUCCAACUAAUUAAUGCGUUACAGGAUUGGAAAAACUCAGUUGAGAGAAUUCAUUACCGCUCUGCCAAGAAACAGACAUGACUUGUUUCAAGAAUCAGUUUCUAACCAAUGUUAUUUUCAGAUUCUGCUUGUCAUACUUAGGUUGCAAACACCACAGACAAACGCCUGCUAAAAGAAAA